AUGGAGAAUUUGGUGGAUUUUGUGUCCAGCUCCAUAACUAUAAAAAGUAAGGAAGCCGUGAAUCGGUUGAUUAAAUCAUUUGAAAAUCGGCGAAAGGACUGCGAUGUUAGCAAACAGGAGGGACCCGACGACGUCUACUUCUCCGUUCCCGUCACCACAUCACGGACCACUACGAGCCCUGCACAACCCACUCGGUUCCAAGAAAGUAAAAAGUGGGCUCUGGUACUACUUAGGGGUCUCGAUUGUUGCAGCUCUACUACAAUAGCAUUUCAUUACAUAUCGCCGGACAUGAUGAUUUAA